UCACAACCCGGCCGGCAGCAAAACCAUGGAAGAAAGCAGGCCGCCGUUCCGUUCGAUCUGGCGGCGCAAAGGUCAGGGAGGCCUUCUUACAUGUGCCAGUCAAGCGGUUAGGCUCGCCUACAUCAUUACGCUACUCAUUUCUUGUGAAGUAGGCAGCAUGUGUUGCUCCACGGUGGCAGCCCAUGAUAACAGCAUGGACAUGAUCUCGCUGCUGGAUUUCAAGCGGGCCAUCACCAACGACUCGAGGCAAGCCUUGAGAUCCUGGCACGCCGGCGUCCCUCUUUGCCGUUGGAAUGGCGUCGACUGCAGCCCGACGGGGCGAUUCACCAAGCUGUACCUCAGCGAACGAGGGUUGUCCGGCCCAAUUUCACCGUCCCUCGGGAAUCUAACGUUCCUUAGGGAAUUGGACCUGUCCAGUAAUGGCUUCACCGUCGAGAUACCUCCUCUGAACCAUCUCCAAAGAUUGGAGUACCUUGACUUGGGGGACAACUCACUGCGAGGGACCAUUCCAGAUACUCUCACAAACUGCUCCAAUCUACAGGCCCUAUACCUGUAUUACAACUUACUAAUAGGAGAACUUCCCAGCAGUGUAGGCUGCCUAUCCAAUCUAGUGUCGUUAAUUGUUGGAGGAAAUAAUCUCACCGGAGAAAUCCCACCAAGCCUAAAAAACAGUAGUCAGCUUCAAAUCAUCUUGCUUACUGAUAAUAAGAUCACCGGAAUCAUACACUAGUGCAGAACCGGACAAUAGCACCGGUUCGUAAGGCCCUUUAGUGCCGGUUUAGGAACCGGCACUAAAGUGUGGGCACUAAAGCCCCCCCCCCCCUCCUUUAGUACCGGUUCAGCACGAACCGGUGCUAAAGGGAAACCACUGGCACGAGCCAGCUCCGGGGGCCGGGAGCCCUUUAGUACCGGUUGGUAACA